GACAGUCGCGCGGAGAGCCCCGCAGUGUUUAGACGUGUUGGAGUCUACAACGACGCAAUCGAAAAUGCCCAAGUCAAAUAGAAUCCAGCAAAUCGUCAAAUUAGGUCAAGAAGGCCGAGUACCCUUACCAUUUUCAAAUAAUGAAGGUAUUGUGCAAACAGUUACAAAUAGUAAUGUUAUGAAGCCUAUAACAGACCAACUGACCAAAGAAGACAACUCAACCCUUAAACGUAAACGUUCUUCAUCAUUGUCUUCUACUGGAAAUGAUUCGUCAUCUACAACAUCAAGUGACAGUACCCAUAAGUCGUCGAUAAAAAAAUCAUUACCUAUCUCUGUUGAUGCAUUAAGACAUGUUCAGAACAGCGAUUACACUGCCUUAGGCAUGAUGUCUGUUGGAAAUGACCGUGAUAACGCAAGCUCACCUUCUUUGCUUGGUGUCACUCAUGAACUCUUUGUGGAUAAAGAAAACCAUCCUCCUCUUUCUGACAACGAACAUAUAUCUGGUGUCGACUUUUCACCUGAUAAUAGUGAUGAUGAAUACCAGCCACCUCGACCGCGUUCUGUAUCUCUCAGUUCAACUUCUGACAGACCAUCUUCUACCUCGAGUUCAGAAAGACCAAAAAAGGGGAAGAAGCGUAAUAGAAAUCCACAGAAGUGGAAAAAAAAUGUAUUAAAAAGGAUAAAAAACUCAGGGAAGGAGUAUAUUUCGCGAUCAGGAAAAAAAGUCGAUGCAAAGGUAAUGAAACCUCCAUGUAAUUGUAGAUUGCAAUGUCGUACGAAAUUUAGUGAUGAGAUGAGAAAAGAAAUAUUUGAAAGUUACUGGAAUUUGGCGUCACUUCAACGGCAAAGAGAUUUUUUGUGGUCAUGUGUACAACUUUCAAAUAUUUCAUGCCGUCGCGUUAAGAAUGUUGAAAAGCCCAGAAAACCUAAUUGUUCAUUUUCAUUUCUCAAAAAUGGUCAAAGCAUAAAAAUUUGUAAAAGGUUCUUAGUGAAUACUUUAGAUAUAAGUGAAAGGACUCUUCGAACAGUUAUUGAGGCAUUACAGUCUAGUUCCAGCAUGGCACCAGUAGACAAUAGAGGUAAACAUAAGAAUCGUAAAACAACUGACCCAGAAAUUUUGCUAUCUAUUGAAAAUCAUAUUAAUUCAAUUCCGCGAAUUGAAUCUCAUUAUUUAAGAGCAAAUACCUCUAGAGAAUUCAUAGAUGGAGGUUUAACGAUCGCUGAAAUGCAUCGCAAUUACGUAGAACAGCGUGUUCAGCUAAAUAAAGAAGCUGCUAGUUACGAUACUUACGCGUACGUUUUUAACACAAAAUUUAAUAUUUCUUUCUUCGUGCCAAAAAAGGAUCAGUGCGAUCUCUGUAUGUCCUUUCAAAAUGCUGUUGGUGAAGAAAAAGACAAACUACUUCCAGAAUAUAAUUCUCAUCAAAAAGAAAAACAACUAAGUCGCGAAGAAAAGUCAAAGGAUAUAAAGAUCUGCAAAGAACCUGACAGUAACACUUUAGUUGCUAUAUAUGACUUGCAAGCAGUAAUGCCGGUGCCAUUAGGAGAAUCAUCUGCAUUUUUUUACAAAUCAAAAUUAAAUUGUUUGAACUUUACUGUGACGGAUGUGAAGAGUAAAAGUACUGAUUGUUAUUUUUGGCACGAAGGACUCGGUAACCGCGGCGCAGUAGAAAUUGGGACUUGUAUUUUUAAAUUUUUAGAAAAGAUCGCUCUGGAAAGUCCUAGCAUGGAUAUUGUGUUUUAUUCGGACAACUGCUGCGGCCAACAAAAGAACCGUUUCAUAUUUAGCAUGUAUGCAUAUGCAGUAAAAACGUUGCCAAUAAAAUCAUUAACCCACAAAUUCUUAGUCCGGGGACAUACUCAAAACGAAGGGGAUAAUGCACAUUCUAUCAUAGAAAGGGCUAUAAAAAGUGCAAAAAAAUCUGGUCCAAUUUACGUACCCGAUCAAUACGUACAAAUAAUUAGAAAUGCUAGAAAAAAGGGAAAUCCUUACCUCGUUCACGAAAUGGAUUACACGGACUUUUACGACUGGAAAGCAUUAACUGAUGAUUUAGGUGUAAAUUUUAAUAAAAACCUGGAUGGCGAUAUCAUCAAACUGUCAGAAAUCCGAGUCAUUAAAUUUGAGAAAGGAUCUAAUGUUUAUAUAUACAAAACAUCUUACGACAAAGAAGCACAAUGGUCCCAAUGCGAUAUUCAUUCAUCUAAAAGACGCAACCAAAGACACCCAUCCAGCAAUAUUACUCUGAAAAAAGCGUAUAAUGCUCGCAUUUGUAUUUCCGAACGCAAAAAUGAAGAUUUGAGGCAUUUGAUUAACACUAAUAUAAUACCUAAAUACUAUGAGAUAAAAAUGUUUACGUUUACAUUAUGCCUUUUGGCGCUAUGCAGUGCAGCGCUGGCGCAAAAUAUAAUUCUACAAACGAAUCCCGUUGACACGUUUUUACAAAGCAUUUCGCCUUCAAAUUUUGGUGGUAACAAUAGAGGUAUAUUCCCACCACAAAGAUUACCUGUCAAUGGACUUGGCAAACAACAAGCGCCGGAUUUCGAAGAGCUAGCUCAACAAUACAACUACAGUAAUCCCCCUCCCCCGCUGGGGUCAGGGCAAGAUCCAGCCACGCAAAGUUGCGGUAUCGUCCCGCCUUUCUGCGUUAAAUCCCGCUAUCGGACUAUUGAUGGAUCUUGUAAUAACUUACUAAGACCUACGCUCGGGACUCCUCAAACUCCUUACGGUCGAUUAGUUCAGUACAAAUACGGUGACGGUAUAAGUACUUUUCCAACAUCUCAGUCUGGCAAGGAGUUACCGAAUGCACGAGUGAUAAGUAGUUUCCUGUUCCCGGAGCAAAAAUUGGUCGACCCAGUGUGGAAUUUAAACGCCCAGCAGUGGGGUCAAAUUAUAACUCACGACAUGUCUCUCACGGCUGGCGUAGCUCAAAGUCAUAAGGAUUCAAUAUCGUGUUGUGAUGAUAACGGUCAACUCUCACCGGACGCGGCCACAAAUCCUCUUUGCGCGCCGAUUCUGUUCCCGCUAAAUGAUAAGGUCCACUCUCAAGUCGGUACUCAGUGCAUGAACUUCGUAAGAACUGGCACAACAAGAGACAGGGGAUGUACACCUCGCUAUUCUCCUGCCCAAUCGAUCUCAACAGUAACUGCUUAUAUGGACGCCUCAUUCUGUUAUGGAAGUAGUGAGAAUCAAGCGAGACCUAUCCGCGCUUUUGUCGGCGGUCGAUUGAGGACUAUUAUAAGGGGAGGACGCGAAUUUCCGCCUCAAGAUCCUAAUGUCACACUUACUUGUGAAUCUGCACAAUCACCUAAUGAACCCUGCUAUUUGGCUGGUGAUAUUCGAGUAAACCAAAAUCCUCAACUAACAAUUCUUCAAAUCAUCGUCAUGCGUGAACACAACAGAGUAGUCGAUGGUCUUGCAGCUGUGAACCCUCACUGGAGUGACGAGACGCUAUAUCAAGAAGCCCGUCGUAUUGUUAUUGCAGAAUUACAACACAUCAAUUACUACGAGUAUUUACCAAUAUUCCUUGGUUUUGAAAACAUGGUGAAGAACCGACUUAUUUAUCCUGGAGCUAAGGGCUACAUAAAUGAUUACAAUCCUAAAGUAGAUCCUUCUGUUUUGGACGAGCACGCAACAGCUGCGUUCCGACACUUCCACACGCUGAUCAGAGGCUACUUAAAAAUGGUAACAGAAGACAGACACCUGGCGGGUGUAGUUCGUCUUAGCGAUUGGUUCAAUCGACCAUUACUAGUUGAACUCGAAAAUGCCUUCGAUGAUUUAACCAGAGGGCUCACCUAUCAACCUAUGGGCUACAGCGAUCAGUUUUGGGACAGCGAAAUCACGCAGUUUUUGUUUAAGCGUAACAACACGUUUGGAGGAGACCUCCGAGCGACUGACAUUCAACGUGGACGCGACCACGGCCUUGGCAGUUACGUGUCCACCCGAGCAGCAUGCGGUCUACCAGUGCCUCAUACUUUCGACGACAUGAAAGACUUCAUCCCUGAAGAGAUUGUGGAAAUAAUUAAAGCGAUUUACGAACAUCCUCAAGAUGUGGAACUCGUAGUAGCGGGGUCACUGGAGUUCAACGUUCCGGGCGCCCAAGCCGGACCUACGUUCCUCUGCAUCCUAACUGAACAGUUUUAUCGUACCCGAGUUGGAGACAGAUUUUUCUAUGAGAAUGGCGAUCCUGAAAUAGCAUUUACCCCAAGUCAGCUCCAAGCUAUUCGCAAGGGAUCAUCGAUCGCACGUAUUUUAUGUGAUAACAGUGAUAAUAUUCAACACAUGCAACCAAAGGCUUUCCAGCAAAUAUCGCACGGGAACAUGCCGGUGCCUUGUCAUCAAUUACCAUCCAUCGAUCUAAGUCUGUGGCGAGAUUACAAAUUUCAAUAAUUUGCAUGACUCCCGUUUGGACUGCACUAUUUAAACAAAAUACUAAAUUAUUGUAAAGAAAAAUAAAACAUAGUAAUGUUAAUAUAAUAUUAAAUUAUUAAUAUAUGAAGUGUAAUAUAGCUGUACAAAUGUAGUAUAGAGUUAAUAGUGUAAAAAUCGAAGUAUGGAGAUUUACUUAAACAUCUUUUUAAAUAAAAUUUUGAAUUAAAAUA